AGCCGGGCCUCAGACAGUGACUGCGGGGUGCAGCAGGAGGCGCUAACUCUCCCCUACCCGCUGUUUGUCGCGCUGAACAUUGGCCCGGCGCUUGUGGCUGCCUUCCUCGGCUCUUAUGUGGAGCCCGUGGCUGCCGGCAGUGGCAUCCCGCAGGUCAAGUGUUACCUGAAUGGCGCCAAGGUGUCCCGCGUGGUGAGGAUCAAGACCCUGAUGAGCAAGGCCGUGGGGGUGACCUUCUCUGUGCUGGGAGGCCGGGCCGUGGGAAAGGUCAGGUCGUGGGCAAGGUCUGUGGCCGUGAGCUGACCACCAAGAUGCUGCUGCCCACGGUGCCAGCCAUGGCCAAGGGCAGGGUGGCCAAGACUACAGAUGAUGGGCCACUCCUAGACAAAGAGGACCUGGACACACUGUUCCGCGGCACCAGCAGCAGCAGCCUGCACAUCCAUGGCCUGCAGGAGGAGGACGAGGGGACGUACAGGUGCCGGGCGGAGAACAGGGAGGACUCGCUCGACGCCGUGGCCCACAUACAGGUCCAAGUUGCUCCGAGGUUUCUGAGGCAGCCGGCCAACGCUCUCGCCUAUGAGAAGGAGAACGUGGAGCUGGAGUGCAGCGUGUACGGCCAGCCAGAGCCCUCGCUCCACUGGCUCAAGAACGGCGAGCUGCUGGUGGAGACGGAAUACCUUCAGAGUGUGAGCGGCAACAACCUGCAGAUCCUUGGCCUGGUGCGCCAGGAGUACUCCGGGAUGUACCAGUGUGUGGCGCAGCUCGCCGGGGACGCCCAGCUGUGUGUCCUUGAGUCAAGUAAGCAGCGGUGCCGUGCGGGGCAGACACUGUUCACACUGUAG